CGAUGGCGGCGGGCCGCUCCCCGCCCACCUUCCUGCUGCUGGGGGCGGCGGGCGGCGGGAAGAGCCUCCUGCUGCGGCGGCUGCGCCAGCUGAGCGCCGAGGAGCCCGCGGAGCUGGGCGAGCCCCCGGCCACGCUGCCCACGGUGGGCACCAACCUGACGGACCUGCGGCUGCCGCGGAGGGUGACCGUGCGGGAGCUGGGCGGCUGCAUGGGCCCCAUCUGGCCCAGCUACUACAGCGAGUGCAGCGCUCUCCUGUUCGUCGUGGAUGCCUCCAACCCCACCCAGGUCUCCUCGUCCUGCGUCCAGCUGCUCUCAGUCCUCUCAGCAGCGCCACUCGCCUCUGUGCCUGUCCUGGUGCUCUUCAACAAGAUUGACCUGCCCUGCUACAUGUCACUGGUGGAGAUGAAGUCACUGUUCCGCAUGCAGGACAUCGUGUCCUGUGCUACGCAGCCCAUCACGAUGCUGGAGACCAGCGCCCGCGAUGGCACCGGCCUGGCUGAUGUCCUGCAGUGGCUUCGGACCGCCCUCAAAGACCCCUGCUGACCCCAGCCCUGCCAGGUGCCUCUGGCAGCCCAGGACAAUCCUGUCACAGAAGGAGGUGGCAAAGGAGCAGGUGCCCUGCCUGGGACUGGGAGCAGAGCCGAGGACUGUGCCUUGGGCUGUUGGACUGGAUCCCUGUGGGACAUCACAGUAAAACUCCCACCAAACUGUUCAGGCUGGUGGCUGCCUUGUGCUCGGAGGGAGAACCUGGGCUUUUAGGAAAGGGACAAGCAGAAGCCACCAAGGCCAGAUUGUGCUGGCAGCUCCAGGCACAGGAGGGGUUCCUGCAGUGGGGUUGGAGGCUGCAGCAGCACCUGAGCUGAGCUAAGCAUGGCAGAGGUGGGUAAGGCCCCCUGGGUUUAAGACUGAGUGCAUGGGGGGCUCCUGCCAGCAGUUCUGGCUGUGUGAGCCUCAUGCCAGCCCAGUGGGGUGACCCUGGGGAGGCACUGGGUGACCUGGGUGUAGCUAGGGCAAGACCAGUGACUGGGAUGCUUCAGUAGAGAUGUCUCACAAGCUACAGCAAAUGCCAGCCCAUGGCUGCUCUCCGGCACUCACCUGGCCUCAGGCAAUUUCAGAAUGGGUCAAGCUGGAAAUGACCACAGUGGGUCAUCUGGUCCAAUCUCUCUGGUCAAGUAGGGACAUGGCACAGGAUUGCAUCCAGACAGUUCUGGACUAUCUCCAGUGAGAAGGAUGCACCUUCUCUGGGCAAUCUGUGCCAGUGUGCUGUCACUGGCACAGGAAGUUCAUUCUGAUAGAGUAUCACAGAAUAUUGGAGGGGACCCAUCAAGAUCAUAUUUAGGUGGAACUUCCUGCGAA